GUGUUUGCGUGCGAAUGCAAGAUACGAAUCUGUCGGCAGAGCACUACGCGCCAUAUUAUUUUUAUAUAACAAUUCUUUAUCAACCGUUCGCGUUUUUUUUUUUACGCAUUUCGCGUUUUAUCCGUUUUGCGACGACACCGCUCCACCGCUCCACCGCUCCACCGCUGCCUACAAACAUGUCGUCACAACUAGGUGUAAUGUUGUUAUAAUUUUUCGUUUGCGGUGUCCGAUUUAUAACGGCAUACAGUUCGAGAGGAGUUCAGCUGCUGACGACCCGCGAGAACAAAAUUUUAACAAAGCCGGAUCAAUAAUGUAUACCAAACAGGAAAUCAAUAAAAUGCUCAACAAGGCUGUUUUUAAAAAAUGUUUGGUUUCUUGUGUACAAUUAGACGAAGAAGCCAUUCACAAUUAUAAAUUGAGCUUAAAAAAGAAUAAGGAUAAUUAUAGCGAUGGACCGGCUAAGAAAAAACCCAAUCUGGAUACAAAUAGAAAAGAUGAUACUGAGGAGGUACCCAUAAAAAUGAAUUACGAAGAAUCAACUGAUUCAUCAAAUUCUCCAGCUAAUAAUGUAAUUAAUAAAAACCCGGACGUUAAUCCUAGGAAAAACAAAUCUUCUUCAGCUAAUGGCGUAUUUAAAAAAAACGAGUUACUUUAUCCUAGAAUAACCAGGUCUGCAUCAAAAACAAAACACGGAAUAGCUUCUACCAGUACUGAGAAGGUACCUAAAGAAAGUGAUUGUGAAAAAUCGACUGAAUCAUCAAAUUCUUCAGCUAAUGACAUAUUUAAAAAAAACGAGUUACUUUGUACUAGAAUAACCAGGUCUGCAUCAAAACCAAAACACGGAAUAGCUUCUACCAGUACUGAGAAGGUACCUUUAAAAAUUGAUGACGAAGAAUCAACUGAAUCAUCAAAUUCUUCAGCUAAUAUUGUAACUAAUAAAAACCCAAACGUUAAUCCUAGGAAAACCUGGUCUUCUUCAGCUAAUGACGUAUUUAAAAAAAACGAGUUACUUUAUCCUAGAAUAACCAGGUCUGCAUCAAAACCAAAACACGGAAUAGCUUCUACCAGUACUAAGGAGGUACCCAUAAAAAUUGAUGACGAAGAAUCAACUGAAUCAUCAAAUUCUUCAGCUAAUAAUGUAAAUAAUAAAAACCCAAACGUCAAUCCUAGGAAAACGAAGUCUUCUUCAGCUAAUGACGUAUUUAAAAGAAACGAGUUACUUUAUCCUAGAAUAACCAGGUCUGCAUCAAAACGAAAACACGGAAUAGCUUCUACCAGUACUGAGAAGGUACCUAUAAAAAUUGAUGACGAAGAAUCAACUGAAUCAUCAAAUUCUUCAGCUAAUAAUGUAAAUAAUAAAAACCCAAACGUUAAUCCUAGGAAAACCUGGUCUUCUUCAGCUAAUGACGUAUUUAAAAAAAACGAGUUACUUUAUCCUAGAAAAACCAGGUCUGCCUCAAAACCAAAACACGGAAUAGCUUCUACCAGUACUAAGGAGGUACCCAUAAAAAUUGUUGACGAAGAAUCAACUAAAUCAUCAAAUUCUCCAGCUAAUAAUGUGAUUAAUAAAAACCCGGACGUUAAUCCUAGGAAAACCGGGUCUUCUUCAGCUAAUGACGUAUUUAAAAAAAACGAGUUACUUUAUCCUAGAAUAACCAGGUCGGCAUCAAAAACAAAACACGGAAUAGCUUCUACCAGUACUGAGAAGGUACCUAAAGAAAGUGAUUGUGAAAAAUCGACUGAAUCAUCAAAUUCUUCAGCUAACGACGUAUUUAAACAAAACAAAGUGGUUUAUCUUAGAAUAACCAGGUCUGCAUCAAAACCAAAACACCGAAUAGCUUCUACCAGUACCAAGGAGGUACCCAUAAAAAUUGAUGACGAUGAAUCAACUAAAUCAUCAAAUUCUCCAGCUAAUAAUGUAAUUAAUAAAAACCCGGACGUUAAUCCUAGGAAAACCUGGUCUUCUUCAGCUAAUGACGUAUUUAAAAAAAACGAGUUACUUUAUCCUAGAAUAACCAGGUCGGCAUCAAAAACAAAACACGGAAUAGCUUCUACCAGUACUGAGAAGGUACCUAAAAAAAGUGAUUGUGAAAAAUCGACUGAAUCAUCAAAUUCUUCAGCUAAUGACGUAUUUAAACAAAACGAGGUGGUUUAUCUUAGAAUAACCAGGUCUGCAUCAAAACGAAAACACGGAAUAGCUUCUACCAGUACUAAGGAGGUACCCAUAAAAAUUGAUGACGAAGAAUCAACUGAAUCAUCAAAUUCUUCGGCUAAUAAUGCAACUAAUAAAAACUCAAACGUUAAUCCUAGGAAAACGAAGUCUUCUUCAGCUAAUGACGUAUUAAAAAAAAAAGAGUUACUUUAUCCUAGAAUAACCAGGUCUGCAUCAAAACCAAAACACGGAAUAGCUUCUACCAGUACUAAGGAGGUACCCAUUAAAAUUGAUGACGAAGAAUCAACUGAAUCAUCAAAUUCUUCAGCUAGUUAUGUAUUCAAAAAAAAUAAGGUGAUUGAUCCUAGGAAAACCAAGUCUUCAUCAAAAUCAGGAGACGAAAUUGCUUCUACCAGUACUGAGAAGGUACCUAAAGAAAGUGAUUGUGAAAAAUUGACUGAAUCAUCAAAUUCUUCAGCUAAUUAUGUAUAUAAAAAAAAUCAGGCCAUUGAUCCUAGGAAAACCUUGUCUUCAUCAAAAUCAGAAAACGAAAUUGCUUCUACCAGUACUGAGAAGGUACCUAAAGAAAGUGAUUGUGAAAAAUCGACUGAAUCAUCAAAUUCUACAAAUAAACUAUCGAAAAUCUCGGUCAUUGAUCCUAGGAUAACCAUGUCUGCAUCAAAACCAAAACACAGAAUAGCUGUUACUAGUACUGAGGAAGUACCCAUAAUAAUUGAUGACGAAGAAUCAACUAAAACAUCAAAUUCUUCAGCUAAUAAUGUAUUUAAAAAUAACAAGGUUGUUGAUCCUAAGAUAACCAUGUCUCCAUCAAAACCAAAACACGGAAUAGCUAUUACCAGUACUGAGGAGAUACCCAUAGUUAUUGAUGACGAAGAAUCAACUGAAUCAUCAUAUUCUUCAGCUAAUUAUGUAUAUAAAAAAAAUCAUGCCAUUGAUCCUAGGAAAAUCUCGGUCAUUGAUCCUAGGAUAACCAUGUCUGCAUCAAAACCAAAACACAGAAUAGCUGUUACUAGUACUGAGGAAGUACCCAUAGUAAUUGAUGACGAAGAAUCAACUAAAACAUCAAAUUCUUCAGCUAAUAAUGUAUUUAAAAAUAACAAGGUUGUUGAUCCUAAGAUAACCAUGUCUCCAUCAAAACCAAAACACGGAAUAGCUAUUACCAGUACUGAGGAGGAACUUAUAGUUAUUGAUGACGAAGAAUCAACUGAAUCAUCAUAUUCUUCAGCUAAUUAUGUAUAUAAAAAAAAUCAGGCCAUUGAUCCUAGGAAAACCACGUCUUCAUCAAAAUCUGAAAACGAAAUUGCUUCUACCAGUACUGAGAAGGUACCUAAAGAAAGUGAUUGUAAAAAAUCGACUGAAUCAUCAAAUUCUUCAAAUAUACUAGCGAAAAUCUCGGUCAUUGAUCCUAGGAUAACCAUGGCUGCAUCAAAACCAAAACACCGAAUAGCUUUUGCCAGUACUGAGGAGGUACUCAUAGUAAUUGAUGACGAAGAAUCAACUGAUUCAUCAAAUUCUUCAGCUAAUAAUGUAUUUAAAAAAAAUCAGAUGAUUGAUCCUAGGAAUACCAUGUCUUCAUCAAAAUCAGAAAACGAAAUUGCUUCUACCAGUACUGAGAAGGUGCCUAAAGAAAGUGAUUGUAAAAAAUCGACUGAAUCAUCAAAUUCUUCAAAUGCACUAGCGAAAAUCUCUGUCAUUGAUCCUAGAAAAAUGAUGAAUGACGAUGAAUAUAUACGGUACACCAACGUAUUUUUUGAUAAAAAACCAGUCAGUACCUAUGUUAACACAGUUAAAAGUGCUUUAAAUGAAAAUUUGAAAUUGAUUGAAAUUGAAGAAUUAUAUAAUAAGUAUUUUGGUAAGUUCUUACAAGAUACUAUUGUGGUUAUUGCUAAUUUAUACAUCAUAUAUGCAACAACAUAUAUACAAUACGUAGCAAAACUUAAAAAAUCGUUAGAGGAUAAAUCUGAAGCUGAAAAACUAAAAGAAACAUAUGAUGCCAAAUUAUUUCACGAGAGACAAACAAAAAUUUUAGAAAGAAAGGUGAAGAUCUAUUUAACAAACGUCAUAUCAUUAUUUUCUGAAUCAGAAUUUGAAAAAGCAUUUAAAAUGUUUUUUCUAAGUUUAUUAACUGUAGUUAGAGUUUUGAAGCAGCCAAAAUUCUGGAAAGGCGACAUAUUCAAAAAUUUGUCACAAUUUUUAUUGAAUUGUUUGAAAAACUAUGAAUUAAACGAUUCCAGAGUUUUUUCAAUGUUACAGUCAAAUGAUUUUCGAUUAGGCUGCAUCAAUAUGAUGUUGGAGAUUGAAGAUAGUAAGGAUAAUGACCCCGGAAUUGCUGAUCGUUUAACAUUGUUUUUUGUGACAUCAGUUAACAACCAGAAAUAUUUUCAAAAAAUUGUUGAUGCUAUCGUCAGUGAAUCCGAAGUAGACCUAGAAAUAUUAAUCGAUGAGGCAUAUUUUCAAUGUUGCGUUAAUUCAAUGUUUAAAGAUCCUAUAAAGCCAUCAACUGUCCAAGAAUCCAUUGACGAAUCACCAGUAACAAAUACUAUUCAAACCCCUAUCAACUCUGAUGAACAACACAGUGUCAUAGCUAAAAGUCCAGAAGGAACUUUCCAAGAUAUACCUGGACUAAAUAGUAAGAAGUCCCAAGCCAUUGGUAAUACUGCAGUAAAAUCGUCGACUGUAACAAACCAGCUAUUAACGAAGUUAUCCCAUGAAUCACGCACCCAGGAAUUCUGUACUGAAACGUAUACUCCUAAAGUGAUUCCAACUAAAAAAUGCAUUGUUGGCACGCAAAAUAAUUUAAUUAUUCCUUCGGGUCACGUAACAACAUCAUCGUCAGCAACACAACCAACACGUGUGAAGUCGAUACACUCAAUUCAGAAUAACAAUACCGUGGCAAACCGGCCUACAGCUGAAGGUCUUAAUAUUGCAGUUCACGACCAACAAGUUGGGCCAUCAAGCCAAUUGAAAAAACUUAGCACUAGUGUUGGUACUAACAACCGAUUUGUUAAUUUAAAACUUAUCAAAUGCUUUGUGAACGGUUGUAACAAGAAUGUAAAUGUAGUGUGCAGUAAUUGUAAAGUGGCGAAAUACUGUUCUCGUGUGUGCCAAAAACAUCACUGGUACUCAGAGCACGUUUUUCGCUGUAAUGAACUGCAAAAAAUAAGAAAACAACGUCAAACUUCUCGCCUAAAUAAGUAAUUUAACUUAAGUAUAUUUUAAGUUAAAAGUUUUCAUAAAAACAUUUCUAUUUUGAUUUUUUAAAAAAAAUGGAUUACGCCACAGGUCUGUUACCUUUUUGUGGUGCCGCGGAGUCCUUUAUCAUCUUUAAAAUUGCUUUAUCCAUAUAAAUCUCCUAAAUCUUCCCACCAAUCCUAAUUUAAUAUAAAACAAACAAAAUGUCCUAAUUUCACUAUAUUUGAAAAACACAAAUAUGUGAUUCUUAAUUUAUAAUAUUAUUAUAUGUCAUACCUACCUGUAAUAUAUUAGCUAUAUUGUCUUCACUUGAUUCACUACUAUAAAUAAUUUUUAUCUUGUAAUAUUAUAUGUCUAAUAUUGUAAAAUGAGUCAUGUUAUUAUUAUAUUUCAUGUCAAUAUAAAUUAACUUGAUUAGUCAAAAUCUAUACUCUUUUUCUUUAAUAUUGUAUACUCAAAAGCAUCACGUUCUCUCACCAAUGAUCAAUAUAUAUAUUUUUAAUGUUAUUAUGUCAU